UACGAGCUCGAAUUCUGCUAUCGACUGUUGGCGGUAUCUGUCGAAAUUUUUCCCCGGAACUGCCUUUCUCCUCUCAAUCGCACGGUCAGACGGAGUGCCUGCGAGCUGAAGAGAGAUCCGCAGGGAAGAAAUCGAGGUGCUCAAUCGAGACUCAUCUGCCGCGAUGCACGGAGGACCAAGUUUUACCCCUACCUCAGCGACAGGCCCGGCGAAUGUCCAGACCACCGUUUACCUCUACGUCGCGGCUCUGUUGUCUGCCGUUGGUGGUUUUCUCUUCGGAUAUGAUACCGGUGUUGUAUCGGGAGCUCUACUUCAGCUCAGAGAUCACUUCAAACUUGAUCUGGUGUGGCAAGAGUGGGUGGUAGCGAUAACAAUCGCUGGAGCUUGGUUGUUCGCCAUCCUAGCCGGUAAGCUCAACGACCUGUUAGGCCGCAAGUUCAUCGUCAUCAUCGCGUCGAGUCUCUUCACUCUGGGCUCAGGAUUGAUGGCCGGUGCUCAGAGUCGCUGGUGGCUACUAUCCGGUAGAUUGAUUGUCGGAUUCGGAGUGGGCUUGUCCUCGAUGACCGUCCCGCUGUACAUCGCAGAAGUUUCACCCAUGCAAUACCGGGGGAAGUUGGUCACUAUCAACCAACUCUUCAUCACUGCGGGACAAUUUUGCGCAGCCGUCGUAGACGGAAUAUUCAGCACGGACCCUGACAAUGGAUGGAGGUUCAUGCUUGGAUUGGCAGCCGUCCCUGCCGUGUUUCAAUUCACUGGCUUCCUCUGGAUGCCUGAGUCGCCGCGUUGGUUGGCUGGCAAAGGACGCAACGAUGAAGCUUAUACAGUGUUACGCAAGCUGCGCGGUAAGAAUGCUGACAUCGAAGAUGAAUUCAAUGCAAUCAAAGCGAGCGGCAAGGAAGUCAACGCUGAAAAGUCGUGCGCGAUCAUCGAAGUUCUCGCGGACCCUUUCCUCCGGAAACGACUUCUCGUCGGAGUGAUGUUCAUGGUCUUCCAACAAAUCAUAGCCAUAAACACCGUGAUGUACUAUUCGGCAUCAAUAAUCGAGAUGGCCGGCUUCCGGGAUCAAUCGCAGGCCAUCUGGCUCAGCGCUGGAGUGGCUUUCAUCAACUUUGCCUUCACCAUAGUGGGCGUGCUCCUCGUUGAACGAGUCGGUCGACGAACACUUACGCUCUCUUCGCUUCUCGGCGUAAUCUUCUCGCUCGGAGUGCUAUCUGCCGCAUUCUAUGCUGGUAACAUCAAUUCCCCUGCGGUCACGUUCAACGUCUCGGACUCAUCACCCUGCGACGUAUAUGAAACUUGCGGGACUUGCAUCGCCGACAGUCUCUGCGCUUUCUACCACAACGCAGAUAGCCUGAAAGCUGCCUGUGUCCUACGGCACGUCAAUGAAACUGCCCAGCAUCCUGUCGACUGGAUCAAGGAAACGUCGAUGUGCCCCGUACCGAAUCAUCUCGGCUGGAUAACUUUGACAGGCCUCGGUCUCUAUCUCGUGUUCUUCGCACCGGGAAUGGGUCCCAUGCCUUGGACCGUAAACAGCGAAUUGUACCCGCUGUGGUGCCGCUCCACAUGCUUCUCAAUCGCGACAUCCUUCAAUUGGCUCUUCAAUUUCUUAGUCGCGAUGACGUUCCUGUCCCUCACUGAAGCUCUCACACAGCAGGGAGCCUUCUUGCUCUAUGCUGUCUGUGCCGUUGCCGGAUUCAUUUUCUUCUACUUCAUGCAGCCUGAGACGAAGAACACUUCCUUGGAAGACGUGAAAGCACGUUCGAACCAGGCGGUCACGAUAUCCCGACAUUGAGGCGCUCCGCUAUCCAUUCCUUCCAUCGGUUUCGGAAUAUCCUCUCGCUUAUUCUGAACGUUGACUAUGAUCGUUGACAUUCUACCGGGGUGCUGUCUUCUCCUUCGAGCCGAGACACAUCUUAAGAGAGCUUUGUCUCUGAUGCUCAAUCGCAUGAAAUUUCCAUAGAUCUUGUGCUAGGCGAACUAUAAUUUAAGAUAUUUAUACAGAGCGCUGUGAGAAGUUCUGUGAUGCCCAUCGAUUCCUCGAUGCUCUUUUUCUAAGAGGUCGUGCCAUCAGCCAUGUUGAUCCGCAUUAUAUUUUUGUAUAUAUCGAUCUGAGUGAUAUAUGGGUCAAAUUUGAUGUCCAUAAACAUGACUUACCGGGAUUC